AUGGAUCGCUGUCAUUUACAGACACCAAUUUCAACUCCACCAUUACGAUGUGAUGUGGACGAUCUAAUAGUACGGAUACUAAAUGUUGCAUUGCCGGGCUGCUCGCUUGUGACUAGCGUCAAAGAAGGCGAACUCAUGAACCUUUGCACAGUUGCAAGGCAAGUGUUCCUAAGCCAAACAUCACUCUUAGAUGUGGAAGCCCCAAUUAAAGUCUGUGGUGAUGUACAUGGGCAGUUUGCAGAUGUCCUCCGAUUGUUCAAUCAUUCGGGAUUUCCACCUAAUGUGAAUUAUUUAUUUUUGGGCGAUUAUGUGGACCGUGGGCAACAGAAUUUGGAAUGUAUAGGAUUAAUUUUUUGUUACAAGAUAAAAUAUCCUGGCAAUUUUUUCGCUCUCCGUGGAAAUCACGAAUGCUCACCAAUCAAUCGGGUUUAUGGAUUUUUCGAAGAAUGCAACAGACGCUACCAGAGCACACGUCUAUGGUUACAAUUCCAGGAUACAUUUGCUGCUCUACCGUUCACAGGUCUGGUGGCUGGCAAGAUUCUUUGUAUGCAUGGUGGUUUGUCGCCCAAGCUUAAAUCAAUGGAUCAACUUCGAAAUAUCACCCGCCCUAUUGAUCCACCUAAUCCAUCCUUACAUAUCGACUUGUUAUGGAGUGAUCCAGACAAUUACAUAAAGGGAUGGGCAUCGAAUUCUCGUGGGGUAUCAUAUGUGUUUGGUAAAGAUGUAGUGUUCGAAAUGUGUGAAGUUCUAAACAUUGAAUUGGUCGCCAGAGCUCACCAGGUCGUACAAGAUGGUUACGAGUUUUUUGCCAAUCGAAAACUCGUUACAAUAUUCUCAGCUCCUCAUUACUGUGGGCAAUUUGAUAAUGCAGCAGCUUUGAUGAACAUCGACGAGAACCUCGUUUGUUCUUUUACCGUAAGUUUUGCUUGA